AUGUCGGACCCCUCGCAGCUGUUGCUUGCGUCUUUGAACCCGGUGACUCGUAAAGAGGCAGAACAGAACCUCCAAACCCUCAGCCAGCAGCCAGGCUUCCUCCCUCACCUUCUCAAACUUGUCCUUAACCCGACCGGAGACCGCGCUGCGCGACUCGCUGCCAGUGUCUACCUCAAAAAUGUCGUGAAAAACAGAUGGGAUGAUGAUGGGGUGCCCAUACCGCCCGCAGAUCAAGCCGCGAUACGAGCCGACAUCGUUCCUGCGAUGAUAUCCCUAUCAGGGCCGCCCGAUAAAACUAUGAGAGCGCAACUGGCAGAGACCGUCUCAUUGAUCGCUGCCGUCGAUUUUCCGGAACGAUGGGGCGAUCUUAUGGAUAUUCUCGUCUCGUCACUAUCAUCCACAGACUACAACGUCAACCUCGCCAUACUCGAAACUGCCCACUCCAUCUUCCGCCCCUGGCGCUCCCAAACACAAACAAAUGAGCUCUACUCGACCAUCAACUACGUCCUCUCGCGUUUCGUGGAACCCUUCCUUGCCUUCUUUCGACAGACCGCCGCGACCCUCCUCUCCUCCCCUCCCCCUCCUAAUCUGUCACUCAUCGCGCAAGUCAUGGUGGUCUCUACAAACAUCUUUUACGAUCUGACCAGUCAAGAUCUGCCCCCAGCUAUGGAGGAUGCCCACGCGGAGUUCUUCCAGCCGGGUGAGGGAUGGUUUAGUAAGUUCAUGGUCUGGGAUCCCGCCGAGCUGCGCGGCGAUCCCGACGAUACUACGCCAUCUCUGCCUGCACAACUCAAAACGACGACCGUCGAGUUGGUCGAGCUGUACUUGAACAAGUAUCCCGAAAUGCUUGCCCAGACCAAGACGGUCGAAGCGUUUGUCCAGACGGUCUGGAAUAACCUUGGCACGGGGCAGCUGCAAGGCGUUGGAGAUGAUGCUCUCGUAUCCCAGUCACUGCAUUUUAUCUCCACGGCCAUCCGGUCUAACAUGUACCGCGAGGUCUUCAGCGCCCGAGACACGAUCGCGAACCUCGUGCAAGGCGUCGUCGUUCCCAACAUCGGACUGCGAGACUACGAGGUCGAACAAUUCGAAGACGAGCCCCUUACGUUCAUCCGGCAGGACCUUGCCGUCCCGUCCAUGGGCGGCGCCGUCGGCGACGUCGCGACCCGCCGCCAGGCCGCCGCGGACAUUGUGCGCGCGUUGGUCGCGUCCGGGUCGGAGACGGAGACGACGGAGGUCGUCGGCCAGUGGAUCACGAACGGCCUGCAGCAGUACGCCGCGGACCCCGCGGGAAACUGGAAGUCCAAGGACAGCGCCGUGUACCUGCUCACCGCCGUCGCGACCAAGGGAUCGACCACGCAGCAUGGCGUGACCUCCACCAACGCGCUUGUAGAUGUUGUCAAGUUCUUCUCCGACAAUGUGUUCUCGGACCUGCAAGCGGCGCCGAACGCCAUCCAUCCCGUUCUUCAAGUCGACGCGAUCAGGUUCCUAUACACUUUCCGAAACCAGCUUUCGAAAGAGCAGCUGCUAGCCGUCCUGCCGAUGCUACAGCAUCACCUCGCUUCGGAGAAUCCUGCCUGCUACACGUUCGCUGCCAUUGCGAUCGAGCGGAUACUGUUUAUCCGACGAAAUAACCAGCUCCUAUUCACGCAAGCCGACGUUCGGGACCUGGCUCCCAGCCUGCUGGAUGUGUUGCUUACGAGAAUAGAGUCGGGAGGGAGCGCUCAGAAAGUAGCGGAGAACGACUACCUGAUGAGAUGCGCAAUGCGCGUGAUCGUGACGGCGAGACAGACUCUGACGCCUGUGUACCAGCAGAUACUUUCGCGACUCGUGAACAUCCUGGGUGUCAUUUCGCAGAACCCCAGCAACCCGGUGUUUGACCAGUACAUCUUCGAGAGUAUAUCUGCUCUGAUACGGUUCAUCGUUGCUGGCAAACCAGACACCCUGCCGGUGUUCGAGGAGACCUUAUUUGGGCCGAUCACCAUCAUCCUGCAGCAAGACAUUGAACAGUACAUCCCCUAUACAUUCCAGAUCCUGGCUCAACUGCUGGAACUGCACCACACCGGUGCCCCUGAGGCCUAUCGGGCGUUGCAACCGUUCUUGACCCAUGCGGCCGUGUGGGCGCAGAAAGGGAACAUUCCUGGAUUGGUAAAGCUGCUCAAGGCGUUCCUGGCAAAAGACACGGCGUACAUGGUCGAAACGGGGGCCUAUGUCAAAGUAUUGGGCGUUAUCCAGCAGCGACUGAUCCCGUCCAAGGUCCACGACUCGUGGGGAUUCGAGCUGUUGUGCACGCUCAUAUCCAAUAUACCUGGGACUACGAUGCUUCAGUACAUGCGACCGCUCGUCCUCGUGCUCCUGACCCGCAUGCAGACCAGCAAGACUGAUAAAUACGUGUAUCAUUUCACGUACUUUUUCCUGUUCGCCACGGCGAUCCAGAUGCCCAGUGUCACUCCGGAUGUGGUCAUCCGGACCAUGGAGCAGCUUCAGACUGGGUGA